UCCUGGGGUUCAGUGGGGCCUGACAGGGCCUGUGCUCACGGCCUCUCCGGGGGGCUCACAGGGAGAGAUGCCACCAGAGCGUUUGCCACCGGCGACUUCACCCCGGCGGGGCUGGUGGACGACGUGUCGGGGCUGUCGCCGGGCGAGAUGCUGGCCAUCCUGAGCUGGCUCUCCUUCUACGGCGACAACUACGAGGUGGUGGGGAAGCUGGUGGGCAGAUUCUACGAUGAAGAUGGGGCACCAACAGAAGCCUUAAGGCAGGCGGAGGCUGCGAUUGAGGAAGCUCUGAAGUUCAAAGCAGAAAGUGAGCAGAAGAAGCAGCAGUUUCCACCCUGCAACUCGGAAUGGAGCUCUGCUAAGGGCAGCCGGUUCUGGUGCUCCAGACAGAGUGGGGGAGUGGACAGAGACUGGGUCGGAGUCCCUCGGAAGCUCUACCGUCCUGGUUCCAGGGGGAGUCACUGCGUGUGUGUGAGGACUACUGGGCCACCGUGGGGCCAGCCGGCCUCCAGCCCCCACGGCGACCGGGGUGACCUGGAUGACCCUCACCUGGAGGAAUACGACGGCUGCCACCCCCUGGCCCACCAGUGUGUCCUCACGGGGACGUAGAGUCCCACAGCGAGACCUUGGGUGCCCUUUGGGUGGGCAGCUCCAGCUUCGUGCCCUUCCCUCUGCGCAAAGGGAGCGGGAGAAAUUUGGUGUGAUUUGUGGUUCUUUUUUAAUGCAUGGAGAUGAGAGAAGGAGAAAAUGCUUGAGCCAAGUUAGUGGCUAAAAAAAAAAUA